AUGAAACCGGCGGCUGACAAUAGUAAUUGUGGCGGCAUAUCUACGCCACCUGAUCACGCGCGCGAUGCGCGCGCCACCAAGCCUCCGCGGCCGCCCGGCACAUCGCGCGCCUACGCCGGGUCUCGCGCGGCGGACUUUGCGCCCUCGCCUAGGCGCACGAAGCAAUCACGCGCCAGUCGCGAGUGUCAUCUUCCUAGACAAGCCGCUAGAGGACCGAGUUUCUCGACGAAAGCCACCAAGCUGCCGCCUACUUCCGUAACCCGUACCGGCGUCGCCGAGGCCUCUACGAGGGUCGCUACCAGGCCCCGCAGGGUAGCAACGCCGAAACGCACCGGCUCCGCAGCGAAGCCACCAGCAGCAGCACCACCGGCGAACGAGUGGAGACUCGUGGCGAUCGACUUCGGGCCCGCAUCAACGGACCCGCGCCGGCGACAGCAAGGGACACCAAGCAGGGCUAGUGAUCACCCUACACCUGAAACGGUCCUAUCGAUUUAA